CUGUGGGAAAAGAGACAGCAAGAUCAAGGAGCAGAUGGCAAAAGACAGGAAUGACAGAAGAAGAGACCGGACAAUUAGCGGGCAAGAGAAAACCCAGAAGGGUGUGUGCUGAAUGAAGAAAUAGCUCUGUGGGGUCAUUAGAGGAAUGUUGCACCAGAGAUAGGCGUGGCCCAAGAAGUGUGAAGAGUUGCAAGGGAAAGUCAAGAGAGAAUACUUGUGGAUCGAUGGGGUGCAGGAAGAAGAUUUCAUAGAAGGAGCGUAAAGAGAGAGGUACCAGCAAGAAAAUCUGGGAAAGCACCAGGGUGAGCGAAGGAAUCCGUUCAGUGGAGCAGUGGGGGAGGAAGCGUGAGAAGGUGUGUUGUUUCACUCACAACGUACCAGCAUGUGCAUCGUUGUGUCAGUAAAGGGCAUUCCGUAUCAGAAGAUCUUGACCAGCCAAUACUCAUCUUGGAACUGGAGGUGAACGGACACACCUAUUAAGAAGGAUUCUUUGGAAGCACUGCAACUUCAGACAAGAAGACUGCUAUAUCUCCUGGUCUUUCUGUUGUUGUCAAGAGCAUUUCACAGCCAGCUUAGCAGCAAAAUAUUUGUUGGCCCAAUCUAACUCCUCUAAAAGAUUAAAUUGACAGUUAAGCACAUCUCAACAGCUUCUUGGAAAGCCGUUUUGAUUGCAAGUCACUGUCUUGGAAAGCUUAAGACAAUGGCUACUACAGUGGAGAUUGGCUUGAACUUUGACAGGGAGAGCCAAUCGGAACCAGCUUCCAAAGAGGCUGAUCGUUCUGCAUACUCAACGGAGCUACCCAGUUUAGUGCAUUGUGGGAACACUGAAGAAUUGCUCCAUCAGAUGACACCACAAGAAGGUCAUCCCAAAGCAUCUCGAUGCUGGGAAGAUGCUUGGCAACAAGUAUUGCGGUCAACAAGCAGCCAGUCACGGCCAGACUCCAUGAACCAUGAAAAGCUGCAACCUAAUGAAACUAAUAGUCCUUUGAAGAGCUCAGGGCCAGCAAGUUCAUCUGAAGAAGUUGUGAUAAAUGAGGAUACUGUUCUUGAGGUUGUACCACCCUUGUCCCUUCCACUGAAAAACACAUGGAUGCUUCAACUCCACCUAGAGGAUGACAUUGAAGAUUACCUGGAGGGAUUUGAGUCAGUGGCCUACACCAACCGCUGGCCCAGAGAAGAAUGGGUUGCCAGACUGAAGCCAUAUCUGAGCCGCAAAGCUCUUCUAGCCUGCAGCAUCUUGGAACCCGGUCUUGCUAAUGACUAUGAUGUGGUGAAGAAGCGCAUCCUGCACCAAUAUGGCAUCACUACAGAGAUGCAACGCCAGUGCUUCAGACAGUUCCGAUACCAGGAAGCCAAGGGCCCCCGAGAAACCUGCCAAAUUCUCCAGGCCCUUGGACAGCGCUGGCUGAAGCCGGAAAGGCACACCAAAAAACAGAUUCUGGAGCUACUGAUUCUGGAGCAGUUUCUAGCCAUCCUGCCCCAGGAAAUGCAAGACUGGGUCCGGGGAUGCUCUCCAGAGACUUGCGCCCAGGCUGUGGAUCUUGUUGAAGGCUUCCAGCUGGGAGAUGAGCCACCAGUGCCAUUCAAAGACAUUGAUGUGAAGUUCUCCAGUGAAGAGUGGGCCUUGCUAACUGAAGAGCAACGAGCAUUAUAUCACGAUGUCACGCUGGAGAACUUUCAGAAUGUGUCCACCUUGGGUAUUCCACUGGAGAAACCUGAGAUAAUCACCCGGAUACAGCAAGGGGGAUACUUGUGCUUUCAGGACAACACCAUAAGAGGAAAUUCUCCAAAAAAUCGAUUUAUAGGAAACCCACUGUCUCCAACUGUUACCCAGGGGGUGGAAAAACGUUCCUUUUUAAGGAGAGCCACCAAGACAGUUAAGGUACAAGCCCCAGCAAUGGAAGCACCCCAGGGCAGUUUGGGCCGAGGGGGAGCAUUGGACAAGGAGCCUAAAUCUCUCAAAGAGGGCCCUGCAUCAGUGCCCCUCACUAGUAUCUACCCCCUAAAAAAGCCAUUGGCUAUCCCAAAGGAUACAUCUUCCAAAAGAAGGAAGCAUCAGCCACACCUUACAAGAGAGUGGGCUUCCACAAAAGUUGGGCCUCAGCCAUCACUGCUGGGGGAAACAUCUGGAGGGCUGGAAUCAGGCAGCCAAAUUUUGACUGCCAAGGGCCGCAAACGAAAGACGAAUCUGGGUCCUCAAGAAGCUAGGCCAUCAAAGCUGAAGAAGCAAACUGCAUCAGUAGGGGAGCACCCCAAACUGAAGAAGAAAUCCGAGGUUCUGAGUGAGCCACCCACGCUGAAGAAGGAAGCCCUGUUGCGCGAAAAGACUGCCCAGGAGAAAGAGCAUCCACUGGCGUUUCUGGAAGUAAAACUCCAUGAAGCCCCUCUCCCGGUCAUCACAUGGCAUCCUCCCUUCAGUGCCACAGUGGUCUCUGAUCUCACGUGCCUGGACUGCGGUCGGUCCUUCAAGCAGAGGGCUGACCUGCGCCGACACCGGUACGUCCAUACCCGGGAAAAGCCAUAUGCCUGCACACUGUGUGAAAAAUGUUUCAGGCAUCCGAGCAAUCUGCACAUCCAUUUGCGGACGCAUAGCGGGGAACGGCCCUAUCAGUGUCCCGAGUGCGGAAAGGCUUUUUCGCAGAGCUGCAACCUUCGGACUCACCGCAAGAUCCACACUGGCAGCAAGCCAUACCAGUGCUGCGUCUGUGGCAAGUCCUUCUGCCACAGCUCCAAUCUCACCAUCCAUCAGCGAGUGCACACUGGAGAACGCCCUUACCCCUGCUCUGCCUGCUCCAAGCGUUUCAGCGACAGGUCCACCCUGGUGCAGCACGAGCGGACGCACACGGGCGAGAGGCCCUACGCUUGUGCCGUCUGCGAACAGAGGUUCAGCCAGAUAUCUCACCUCGUGAAGCACGGCCGCAUGCACCCCGAUACUGGGGACCCGGCAGAGCCCGCUGAAGACCCAUCUCCCAACCUGUCAAAGAGCGUCCUCCUGCCACCUGGUGAAAAAGACUCUUUCCGAAUGACGGCAUCCAAGCAGGGUGAGAAUCUUGCCUGGAUUUCAAAAACGUGGGUUUCUUCUUCUAAGGCUAGUGGUCAGCAGAAUUGCACCACCACAUAAAGGUGGCUGGGCACACUGGAAAGCAAAAAGGGAAACUGAGGCUUGCAAUGAGGAAAAAAAUGGCUGGCAGAGAAGCAGUAACAGAACACUUAGGAAGUGAUGAGAGAACUGCUAAGGCUGCAGUCCCCCCCCCCCAUGUGCUGUUCUCUUGCGAUCGACCCACUGUAAACUGCUAGACUUCAUUAUAACAUGCAGAGGAACAUGCUGGAAAUGAUACUCCAGCUUUCCCAUAGGUGUGCUAUGGAGUCUAUAAGAAAAAAAUAUAUAUUCUUGCACAUUUCUCCUUCCCUAGCAUUUUUUCCUUUUAAAGAAAUCUUUUCAAAUAUUGAUUCCUAAAUGCUUGGCCAGCCUUUUGUGCUGCCAUCAUCUCCGGUGAUUAACAAUGUGUAUGGAAAAUAGACAACAGGUGGAAAAUCCAAGGCAUCUCUGCUUCCUUUCCUCAAAGAAGGGGCAGAAAAAAGCCUACGGGGCUCUUGUAAGCUUUAAGGAAGGGGUAUCGUGCCUGCAACCAGUAACACUCAAGGGUUGCUCCUGAGUUUGAGCAAAUGAGGAAAGGAAAUGAGGAGAGAGGCAGAUACGUAUUAAAUACAUGGCUUGUGGGGUCAAAGAAGAGUUACCGGAAGGCAGAGCCAAGAUACCUUUGAUGCCUGAUCGGAGCUUUGUAAAGCCAGGCUAUUUUUGGUUUUUCCUACCUGUGGAAUUGCAGGGCAUCUUCUAUACCAUGCAUUUUUAAUGUUGCUCAUCAAUAUCAGCUGGAAGAGGUGUAGAAGGCCUGGAGCUCAGGGGCCUGUGGUACAGCCCCUCAAUUAUUGGCACUGUCUCCUUCCUUAAUUUAAAAAGGUUCUGUGGUCUGGAUGAGUGCGGCUGGACAUGUCUUGCAGGGGGCAAUUUUAAUAUUGUUAUUUAAAAUAGACCUUCUUUGCAACACAGUGGCACUUGUUCCAGAAUAAUAAAUGUGGCUGUGUAAAAGGAAAAGCACAUCGCUGCUAAAUCCAGAGUCUAAAAUUACCUGGCUGCAGUAGAGAAGGGUCAGUUCAGCUUCCCAUUAACUGUUCCUCUCCUUGUACCACCCAUAGCAAGAUUAUUUCUUAGGCUUCUAGGUCCAUCCUACCUGCCGCCGUCUAGUGGACAUUCAGAGUUUUGCAGCCCAAAUACAACAUAUCUAGAGUCCACAUAUGUCAGUCUUUUCUUUUUAAAAGCCUCAUAAACAAGCAACAGGGAAACAAUUAAAUACAACUCCUGUGAGAGUUCAUUACCCAAUAUAGAUUCCCGAAUUUAAACAGAAUGUAGUAAAUAGUCAUGAUA